UCGACCUCUACGCCUUGUAAUUUUGAUAAGAGUUUUCCAUCUGGCUUACCAAAAAAGACAACUUGAAAAGCUGACCAGAAGAUUGAUCGCAUUAUUGCCAUGUCAUUUCCAUCUUCUGGUAAACAGUCUUUCUACAGGAAUCCAAUUAAGGAAGUUGUGAGGUUCCUGGAUACCAAACAUCCAAACCACUACCGUGUCUACAAUCUAUGCAGUGAAAAAGCUUACGAUCCUGAAUAUUUUCAUAACAGAGUCCAAAGAAUCAUGAUUGAUGAUCAUAACGUCCCUACUCUCAGUGAGAUGGUGGUGUUUGCCAAAGAAGUAAAUAUGUGGCUGGCUCAAGACAAGGAAAAUGUCGUAGUGAUUCACUGCAAAGGCGGCAAAGGGAGAACUGGGACCAUGGUCUGUGUUUGCCUCAUUGCUAAUCAGCUCUUUGGUACUGCAGAGGAUAGUCUUUCAUUCUUUGGACAUCAACGAAUAGAUCAAACCACCAGCACCAAAUAUCACGGAGUGGAAACUCCCUCUCAACAUAGAUAUGUAGGCUACUUUGAAAAGGUGAAGCGUCUCCACCACUGGACUCUCCCACCCAGAAAAAUCCUUCAGCCAAAAAAAAUCAUCAUUCAUUCAAUUCAUAGUGUUGGGAAAGGUGAUGGAAGUGAUCUAAAAAUUCAAAUUAUAACAAUGAAACAGACAGUCUUUUCAUGUUCAUCUUCUAAAAACUGUAAGAUAUUUCAUGAUAUCGAAACUGACAAAGUCAUUAUUGAAUUGUUGAACUGGCCUAUCUUAUAUGACGACGUUAAAGUCAGAUUUCUCUCUCGGAAUCUCCCCAAAUAUUAUGACAAAUGUGCAUUCUUCUUCUGGUUCAAUACAGCUUUCAUAGAAAACAACAGGCUGUAUCUAAGACGAAAUGAGUUGGACAACCCACACAAACAAAAAGCCUGGAACAUCUAUGGUCCACAUUUUGCAGUUGAGAUUUAUUUCAAUACUACAUGAGCCCUGCGCAGACCAGCUUCAUCCUUGCCUGAGGAAUUCUGUAAAGAAGACAGCCCUGUGGCCACAGGGAAUCACGUUUUCUUGACUACUGCUACUU